AACUUCUCCUCUCGCUCACAGGCCCUACAUAUUUUUGGUUUUUUGUGAAUUGAAACUAUGGAUAUGAGGAAAUUUGAGGAAAUGGAAGGAGAUAGUGAUGAGUACAGUGGUGAUGAUGGUGGCUAUAGUGGCCAUGGCGGCUAUGGCGGUCAUGGUGGCUAUGGCGGCUAUGGCGGUCAUGGUGGCUAUGGCGGCUAUGGCGGUCAUGGUGGCUAUGGCAGCUAUGGCGGUCAUGGUGGCCAGUACAUCCAUGAACAAGAGCAGGAGGACGAGCAGUAUCUGCAACAACCGAAUCAGAGUUGGGGCCAGCCACCGAGGGGGAGGCCUUCUCGGGUGCCCAGAGUUUCUGCUUUUGUAUCUCCAGUCUCGAUGAUCAAGUCUCCUACUCCUACUCCUACUCCUACUCCUACUCCUGGGAUGAAGAUAACCAACGUUUCUGAGUAUGAGGCAAUUGCAAAGAAGAAAUUGUCAAAGAUGAUCUAUGACUACUAUGCAUCUGGUGCAGAGGACCAGUGGACUCUCAAGGAGAACCAAAAUGCAUUUUCCAGGAUUUUGUUUCGGCCUCGUAUUCUUAUGGAUGUACGUAAUAUAGACUUGGGAACAACUGUAUUGGGUUUCAAUAUUUCAAUGCCCAUCAUGAUUGCUCCUACAGCAAUGCAAAAGAUGGCUCAUCCUCAAGGAGAGUGUGCAACGGCAAGAGCAGCAGCCGCAGCUGACACAAUUAUGACACUGUCCACUUUGGCUACUUCCAGUGUCGAAGAGGUUGCAUCAACGGUUCCUGGCAUUCGCUUUUUCCAACUCUAUGUGUACAAAGACAGGAGGGUGGUUACAAAGCUUGUCAGCAGAGCUGAGAAGGCGGGUUUCAAGGCCAUAGUUCUUACUGUGGACACUCCAAGGCUUGGGCGCAGGGAGGCUGAUACCAAGAACGGAUUUGUUUUGCCGCCAAAUUUGAAAUUGAAAAACUUAGAGGAUUUGGAUCUUGGAAAGAUGGAUAAGACCAAUGAUUCUGGACUUGCCUCAUAUGUUGCUGCACAAAUCGACCCGUCUCUCAGCUGGAAGGAUGUAAAAUGGCUUCAGACAAUCACCAAAUUACCAAUUCUUUUAAAGGGUGUACUUACUGCUGAGGAUGCAGGACUAGCGGUACAACAUGGAGUUGCAGGAAUUAUUGUCUCCAAUCAUGGAGCUCGCCAGCUUGAUUAUGUCCCUGCAACUAUCAUGGUUUUGGAGGAGGUCGUCAAAGUUGUACAAGGCCGAAUUCCUGUGUUUAUGGAUGGUGGAGUGAGGAGAGGAACGGAUGUUUUCAAGGCUCUAGCUCUUGGAGCAUCUGGUGUAUUUAUUGGUAGACCAGUGUUGUUCGCAUUAGCUGCUGAUGGUGAAGCUGGUGUAAGGAAAGUACUUCAAAUGCUUCGUGACGAGUUUGAGCUAACGAUGUCAUUAAGUGGAUGCCGUUCGCUGAAGGAGAUCAGCCGCGACCACAUUGUGACUGAAUGGGAUCAUCCUCGGAUUGCAUCCAGAUUAUAAGUAGGUCAGGAUUCUUUACGUGCAUUUGAUUUAAUGGACUGUCAGAAGUUUCCUGUCUUGAACCCCUUAAGGUUCAGAAAAUAUAUUUGGGAACUCAACUUUCUAUAUUGGGAAUUGUUGAUAAAGUUCCCUAGGGGUCUAUCAGAUAAUGCUUGUGUUAAUAGUCUGUAUUGAUAAUAAUGCUGUGUUUCCUUUAGAAGUCCUGCUGUUAUUGGACUUGUUAUGUAUAUAUUCCACUAUGUACACACGUUAAAUGUAAUGUGAAAAGCUACAGUUUCUUCAAGAAUCAAUGGUGAUCAA